ACUCUAGCCUGUGAGACAAUGGACUGGUACUCUGCUUCCGCCAAGCGGUGAGCCGAAGGAUUCCUACCGAAUAGCCAGCUUGCAGUUUACCAUAGUCGUUGUUUGCUUUAUGAAUGCUAGUGUAGGAAAGGAGAGAUGUGGUCCUUUUUCGCUCGGGAUCCAGUCAAAGAUUUUAAUUAUGACAUUUUACCGGACACACAAGAAACGUCUGGAAUAUGGACUCUACAUCGGGGAAAGCGAAAGACGGGUGGGGAGCCCGUUUCGGUGUUUGUUUAUGAGAUGUCAGCUGGGACAGAGGAGCAGACCCAGCUUGCCAAAGCUGCGUUUAAACGCAUGAAGACCCUCCGACAUCCCAACAUCCUGGCCUAUGUAGAUGGUUUGGAGACAGAGAAGAGCCUCUACCUGGUCACAGAGCAGGUCACUCCCUUGGCAACUCACCUCAAGGCCCAGUCAGAAAGGGGGGGAUCUGGGGAGCUGGAGGUGUCCUGGGGCCUCCAUCAGAUUGUGAAAGCUCUUAGUUUCCUGGUUAAUGACGGCCAUCUCCUCCACAACAACCUGGGUAUCUGGGCUGUGUUUGUGGACCGAGCCGGAGAAUGGAAGCUUGGUGGUCUGGAUCACAUGACACCAGAGAAUGGGGAUGCCUCCACGUUACUACCCUCCGCCAAAGACGUUCACCCUGACAUGGACAAAUACGAGCCCCCAGAAUCCCCAAACAGUGGGGAAAAAUGGGCUGGGGAUGUGUGGCGGCUGGGCUGUCUGAUAUGGGAAGUGUUCAACGGUCCACUGCCCAGAGCCUCCUCUCUCCGCUCCCUUGGGAAGAUCCCUAAAUCAUUGGUGCCACACUACUGUGAGCUGGUGGGAGCCAACGCCAGAGCUCGCCCCAACCCAGCCCGCUUCCUCCAGAACUGUAAAGCUCCCGGCGGAUUCCUUAGCAACAGCUUCGUGGAGAGCAACCUUUUCCUAGAGGAGAUACAGAUCAAAGACCCAGCGGAAAAGCAGCAGUUCUUUCAGGACCUAAGUGAGAACCUGGACUCGUUUCCAGAAGACUUCUGUAAACACAAGGUUCUGCCACAGCUGCUUACUGCUUUUGAGUUUGGCAAUGCCGGCGCUGUCGUCCUCACACCUCUGUUUAAGGUGGGGAAGUUCUUGUGUGCGGAGGAGUACCAGCAAAAGAUCAUCCCUGUCAUUGUUAAGAUGUUCUCCUCUACAGACCGGGCCAUGAGAAUAAGACUGCUGCAACAGAUGGAGCAUUUUAUUCAGUAUCUGAACGAGGCAGCGGUCAACUCCCAGAUCUUCCCUCAUGUCGUUCACGGUUUCACAGACACAAACCCAGCCAUAAGAGAACAAACUGUUAAGUCCAUGCUGCUGCUGGCCCCUAAACUGAAUGAGAGUAAUCUGAAUCAGGAGUUGAUGAGGCACUUCGCACGGCUCCAGGCUAGAGAUGAGCAGGGACCAAUCCGCUGCAAUACCACCGUGUGCCUGGGAAAGAUCGCCCCCUACCUCAACGCUGGGACGAGACAGCGAGUGUUGAUCUCAGCCUUCUCGCGGGCCACUAAGGACCCAUUCCCGGCCUCUCGGGCUGCGGGGGUUCUGGGCUUUGCAGCCACGCACAACUACUACAGUGUGAUGGAGAGCGCGGCACGGGUACUACCAACGCUCAGCACGCUUACCGUGGACCCUGAUAAGAGCGUUAGAGAUCAGGCGUUUAAAGCCAUUAAAAGCUUCCUGACAAAGCUUGAAACUGUGUCUGAAGAUCCAUCCAAGCUGGUUGAAAUAGAAAAGGAUGUGAUGUCAUCGGCCCAACCAGCGGGGGCAGCAGCCAGUUGGGCAGGCUGGGCGGUGACUGGCGUGUCCUCGCUCACAUCCAAACUGAUCCGGACUGGCCCGGCCGCAGAAGGCGUUGGCCCGGCUGAGAACAGACCUUCUGGUGCUGGUGCUGGUACUGGUUCUUUUGGCGCUGGGAGUCAGGUGACCCAAGGAGUUCCCGUGGGCUCUGAGGUUAAACCACCACCAGCCUCUAUGGCACUACCUGUCGCUUCGGGUCUUGCUAUCCAAUCAGAUCGGCCUGAGGUGACAGAUGAGCCAGUCGGAGAGCGGUGGGAUGACGAGGACUGGGGGAGUUUGGAGGACCCAGCGAAGGUACAAGCAGCAGACCCAGAUGACUGGAACUCCUCUGAUUGGUCAGGAAUGUCAUCAGUCAAAAAGAAAGCCAGUAUAAGAGGAAUGGGUCUAGCAUCCUCUGAAGCAGUGAAAAAGCAGAGCUCUGACUGGAGCGGCUCGGGCUGGGAUGCCGAUGACAGCUGGUCCAAUGAAAAGGAGGCUGAUAGUCAAGGUCAGAGUUCACCAGGAGAGGAAGGUUGGGGAAACGACUGGGAUGAGGAAGGAACGACCGUUCCGGCCACUAAGCGAACUGCUCUGCCGGAGGGGGUGCGGUUAGCCAGCGAGUAUGACUGGGACAGCAAGGGACCCACGCAGACCGACUUCCUCGUGAAUGUGUCUCAGAGAGCCACUGUCACCCCGUCUGCUGUGACCGGUGAUGGCUGGAGUGCAGAGCCUGCUGGAGACUGGGGUGCUGAGGAGAGCUGGGAGUCUGUAGAUGGAGGUCAAGCAGGCCUUAGCAAGGCAGAGUUGGCCAAGAAGAAACGUGAGGAGAGGAGGAAGGAACUGGAGGCAAAGCGGGCAGAGCGCAAGGCAGCUAAGGGUCCUCUCAAACUGGGUGCUCGGAAACUGGACUGAGGAAAGGAGGAGGAAGGAAGACAGGAAGCAAAGCAGACAGCUGAAUACAGACUAUUUCCUGAUUGCUGCCCGGCAGGUGGACCUGUGGAAGGUUUGGCGUUCCAUUAUGGGAGGUUUAACAUUCCAUAAUCAGAAGAUGAACGAAGAGACACAAGCUGUUCCUUGGCUGAGGCAGGAAUCUUAGUGCCAGAGGCUGAGACACAUUUCAUCCAUGUUAUGAUCGCUGUUAUUAGGCAUCACAUUACAGCUUUUUAUAUAAAUGCGAUAUUUCCCUUGUAAAGUGUACAUAGGAUUUGUCUGAAAAUGACAGUGACAAACUAUCUUUUUUUUUUUUAUUAAAGAAAGGUAUAACGGUAUAUAAAUUAUGGUAGUAUUUCAUGAAGUGUGUAUAUGCUGAUUGUUUUUCAGAAAUAUCAUCAAAUGGGUUAUGAAUGUUUUAGAUGAGCUGUCACGCUGCACAAACGACACUGAUAAAGUCUGCAUGCAUUGGUCUGUGCGACUGACUUACCAAACGGUAUACGGGAGCCCCAUUUUCCUUUGAACUGUAACACCCAGUCCCAGAACUGUUUGGCCUGUCCACACCUGCAUGGAAAUGCAGCACAGAACAGUUCUGGGAUCAGGCUAGUAACACUAGUCUGGAUUAACCGUACUUCCCUGAACACCGACCAAACGCCUCCCAUUCAGAGCCAAUGGGUCAUUAGUGGUGGUAGUAUGUUGAGUAUGUAUGGCGGGUCGAUCUUUACUGUAGACUCCCACCUGUCCGGAUAUCUACAUAUAAUUAAUCAGAAGUGUGAGAGAAUGGUAAAGGGAAGGUUAACUUAUGUUCUUUAUUUGUGCCUUUAUUUGAUGACAGAACUUUUUUUUUUAUUGGUUUAAGGAACUUUGCUCUGUCAUGGUGGUUAGCGGUGGCAUCGGAGAGGAGCAAACCAUUGAACACUUGGGAUCUUGUGGACUAUUCCAGAAUAAAACCAUGACAAUGAA